UUUGUAACUCGUCGAAACCCAGGUAAAUGCUGAUUUCACCUAGUCAAAUGACAUAAAAAGUAAUAGUGAAAGCAAAAACAGAUUGAGAAAGACAUCUCAAGGACCAAAUGAAUUCCACUGGACCGACAGUGCCUUACGAACAGUCAAACAAUCGUUAUAUUCACUACACAAACCUUUGUUAUGGAAGAACUUUCUGAUCCGUCCAAAAACAUGGCUCGCACAGUCAACGUUGUGUCUUCUCGACGGCUAAUACAGAUAGCCGGUCGUCUUAUUCUGGAGUUCGGAGUUAAAUUCUGGAAGGGUUGUUGUACCUGCGCCCUUGGGCUGAUGCUCCUGUACUGGAUGUAUGGGAGCCUGGUUGCCUUGCUGCUGUUGUUUUUCGCAAUCAUUGGUGUACUGUACAACCUUCAGGACAAGUUACUCUACUAUCCUGAAGAGCCGGCACACUCCAGGAUCUAUGUAGAACUUCCUCAGGGCCUCAGUUACGAGAACAUCUUCACACACACCUCUGACGGGGUACAGAUCAACAUGGUUCUUAUAAAACAGCCACAGGGAAGGUUUGGAACGGCACCUACCAUGGUUUUCUUUCAUGGGAAUGCUGGAAAUAUUGGGCAUAGAAUGAUGAAUGCUCACUGUUUGUACCUCUACUCUGGCUUCAAUGUACUGUUGGUGGAAUACAGAGGUUAUGGUAAAAGUCAAGGAAGCCCGUCAGAGGAUGGUCUGUACCUGGACGCCCUAGCAGCAAUGAAAUAUAUUUUUCAAAGAGAGGACGUUGACCACUCUAAAAUAGUUGUGUUUGGGAGGUCGCUAGGAGGGGCAGUAGCUAUAUAUGUAUCUACCCAUCCACACUAUAGCAGGAAGAUCUUUGCAGUGAUUUUAGAGAAUACAUUUACCUCCUUGCCACAGGUGGCUAAGGCAAUAUUUCACUUAGGUUUUCUACAAAGUUUACCAAACUGGAGUUUUAAAAACCAGUAUCCAUCUGUGAUCCGUAUCAGACAACUGCAGCUUCCUACUCUGUUCCUGUCAGGACAGAGUGAUAAUCUCGUCCCACCUGCCAUGAUGAACGAGUUAUACGAUAAAUCUGGCAGUAUACUAAAAAGACUGGUGAAGUUUCAAGGAGCCUCCCAUAACGAAACAUGGCAGAGCAACGGGUACUAUGAUGCUAUAAAUAACUUUAUGAUGGAGGUAUACAAAUCUAAGGUUGUGAGAUCGUCUGCGGACACAAGGUUAGAACUAGGUGACGGUCAAGGUGAUCAUGUGGAAGGGGAGGUCAAGGUCAUCUAACAGCUGACAACUUUCUUUUGAAAUAUCAGGCGGUCUUUGGGCUUUAAGAUAUCUUAAUCAUAAAGACAUAAAGGAAGCUUUGUUGGAUAGAAGUAUAGUAAGAGUUGUGAUUGGUUAAAUAUAUGAAAGUUAACCAUGUCAUCUUUGAAACUAGUGAACAGCACAAGAACUGAAAUUUAAAGUCUGAAAUUAAAAGUGAAGCAUGGACACUCACCUGAAAUUAAAGAUGAAGCAUGGACACUCACAAAGUAUUUUUUUUGAAUCAAUAGAAAUCAGUAAGAAAAUUCAGAUGACAUAACAAAUUUAAAAAAAAGGAAAAUACAGUAGGUUUUAAUUGCAAAUUUUGUGCAGGUAAUUGCUGCCUUUGACUUUAUGGUGAUGCAGAGUCAGCAAUCUGGCUGCAUUUGAUUCAUUUUCCUUAUUAACAUUUCAUUCAUAUAUUAUAUCAACCAGAUGAUAUGGGAUCUUAUGGCGUCAAUGCGCAGUGUAUUGGGCUGCAACUGUUGAACUCCAUGGUAGAAAUCUGUGAUUAUAAUCUAAAUAUCACCUAAAAAUACGGUUAAAAUUUCCUGGGUGGGCACCCCACCCCCGUUGGCAGCCUACAGCUCUGUAAGGGAUACAUGCGAUCUUAGCUGGGCAAAUUAGCUUUGGGACGGAUGCAGCCUCUUCCAUGAGAUAAUUAUAUAUUUGUACACAGUUUAAAAUUAAUGUUAAAUGUACGUCCAGUA